CUGCUGUUCCAGAGAAUAGGAACCAGAACAAUGGAUGCGAAAUACAGGAAAAGAGAUUCCAGCUCAACAUGAGCAGGAGCUUCCUGAGAGUAAGGGUGGUUUGAGGAAGUAGACUUGAGUCUAAGGAAGCUCUGACUUCUUUCUUAAUCUCAAAGGAGGUCCCUCUCCAUAAUGAUCCUACAGACAUAACACGGCUAUAUCUUUGAAUUCUGCAACUUCUCUUAGCAGCAGCCCUGUUCAUGAAACUAGUGGGGUUUUCAUUGACCGAAUUAACCUCUUCUGUGGUCUGUUCCCCCUCUUUCCCCAAUGCCACCCACUUUUAUUAUUGUUAUUGUGUGACUAAGUAGUUUCUGACUUAUGGCAACCCUAAGGCAUAAGUUCCUCAGAGGAGGUUUGCCAUGGCCUUCCCCUGAGGAGGCUGAGAGAGUGACUCGCCCAAAGUGGGUUCCACAGCUGAACCAGGUUUCGAAACCUGUUCUCCAGACUCUUAGUCCAAUGUCCAAACCACUGCUUGACGCUUCCACUUUACUGAGCAUUGCUGUCUUUUCCAGUAAGUGCUGUCAUCUCUCUCAUGAUGUGUCCAAAGUACAACAGCCUCAAGUUCGUCAUCCUCGCUUCUCUUGGGAGUUCAGGCUUGGUUUGCUCUCAGGCUCAUGUAUAGAUUUACAUUUAUAUUGGAAGAGCCCUCUUGCACAUUGCAUUCCAAAUCCUUUUACCUUUUUGCACCAUGCUCUCGGCUUAGUUCCAUGGCUCUGUUUGGAAAGGGCAGCCGGAAUGACUUCACUUCUGCCUUGGUUCUUGUUUAGUUCCUCCAAGUCAAUCAGACAGCCUUCAGCAAAGAUCAGGUCCAAAGAAAUGCACUAUGCGGCCAGCACUGGACAUGUGCGCUGGCUCCAGGUCUGCCUGCAGAAGACCUCAAGUCCGACCCAAGCCGACAUUAACGGCUUCUCUGCCUUGCACACCGCAGCUUUGCGCGCCCGCUUGGAUUGCAUACAGAUAUUGGUUGACAGAUACGGUGCCAAUGUGAACCUGGCUAGCGUCACUGGCUGGCGGCCCAUCCACCUGGUGAUAAGCAAGGAGAACGGGGCCAUGGGGCUGGAGUGCCUGAAGUUCCUCAUCAGCAGAGGGGCCAAAGUCAACGUGCAGAACCAAAGCGGGGUGACUCCACUUCACAAGGCAGCAAGUGAGGGUAGUGAAAAAUGCGUCCAGGUUCUGAUCGAUGCAGGAGCUGAUGUCCAUGCCAAGGACAUAGAGGGGCAGAAGCCCAUUGAUCUGUCCAGAACGUGGGGCCACAGAGCCUGUGCUAAAUACCUCGCUAGUGCCAUGUGGAAAAUAGACAAGGAGAACUAUGCGCGGGAGAUGUGUAGACUGAAUGAAAUCAAGGAAGAGUGUGAGAUGAGAAGAAAAGAAUUCAUCAAAAGAGAACAGAUGGAGGUGGAUUUCUGUAACAUCGCAGCAUUUGAAGAGUGGCUGGCCAACAAGCAUUUGCCUCGUCCUUCCAGUCGCAUUGCGACCUUUCUGGAAAAGAGGCAUCCGUCCGUGACUCUCCAGAAGUUUUGCAAGGGAAUGGCCAGCCCAAUCAUUUCGGUCACUGCAUUGGUCCCAAGCAAAGCCCCCCACUUGCUACAGAAGGACCAGAGACAACGGCUGUGGAACCCCAGCACAAACCUCUCCUCCGAGCCAAUCACGCGCAUCUCCCGGUCCAGCACUGUCCGGUUGGGGGUCGACCCGGAGAAGAUUGUGGAUCCAGACUUCACCUCCUUCGUCUCCCUCUUCAAGAAUGCCUCUGGAGAGAUGGAGAUCCAGAUUGACGGCGUGGGCAAGUUCCCCUAUGUGCCCAACCUGCCCUUUGAGGACAUGGAGAAGAGCCUGUACCCGCAAAGCUGGCCCCCCCGUAUGGAGGUCCCAAAGGAUUUCCGUUCCACAAACAUCUACAGCCUGAAGCACAAGCGCCUCCCAGGCCCUGAACAUAAGUGGACUGACCAGAUGGCCAUGAGCUUACGGCAGACAUUUGACCCUGCCUUUGUGGACAGGCUGAAGGCCCACUUCUCUACUUAUGGAGACCCCAAAGUCCUCUCUCCAAGGCUGGAUUCUGGCUGUGCCAGGGGUAAAAAUACCUUCCCUUCUUCCUCUCCUUCCCCUUCCUCUUCCUCCUCCUCCUCCUCCUCUCUUUUGAGCAAAGUCAGCAGCCGUCAGGACUAACUCACUCUUUCCCGUGUUUCCAGGCUGUGUUCCAAAUGACUUGAACUUAUUUUGUCUUUCUUCAUUUUAAAAAGACAUGCCUGCCCCAAAUGCAUGGGCAGAGAAGAAUGGCAGAGAUCAUCCAUCAAGGAGCUUGAGGGGUAUUAAUUUGUUGGGCAGGCCAUUUUCCACCACUCAGGCUGUGAGAACAUAAAGAACCAGAAGGAGCAUUAAACCUGCUGAGUAUGGGGCCAUUUAUAAAAUCUUGUGUCAUCACUCAAUGUCUGGCAAAGGUUCAAAGGUUUGAACACCCAACAUGAGGCGUUCAGAUAGUUCAGAUAUUCAGUUUUGCAUGGAAUAUGGUGGUCUGCAUAUUCAGAAUUUUGGAGAGGGAGAAUUCUUGGAGCUAUUGGAGAUCACUUAUGCAGUCAGUUGCACUGAAACAACCAGCCUGCAACUGGUUUUUGAGUUGUGAUGUGUUUGGGUAGCCAUGUCAUUGCUCUGGAAAAGAGAACAGGAUCUGCAACCCUCCCCUUGUUGCAAACACUCACCAAAAGAAUGAGCCCACGGUUCUUGUUGGUGUGACCAGGUGAGAGCAUCUCAGGAUGAGCAACAAGGAUCCCAAACACAUUGCAGAAAUAAUCCAGUUUGAG